CCGCCCUCCCCCUUACCCCCCCCCUCUCCCGCUGCCGGAGCUGGGGCCCCGAGAAUGGCAGCGUUAGGAGAACCAAGUAAGUUUUCACAAACGGUGAAUGGGAUUCCUCCUUCAAACACAGUCAGCAGUGGAAUGGACCCCUUCCAUGCUUGCAGUAUUCUUCAACAACUUAAAACCAUGUAUGAUGAAGGACAACUGACAGAUAUUGUAGUGGAAGUGGAUCAUGGGAAAACAUUCUCCUGUCAUAGAAAUGUUCUUGCUGCAAUCAGUCCUUAUUUCAGAUCUAUGUUCACUAGCGGCCUUACAGAGAGUACCCAGAAAGAAGUUCGUAUAGUUGGUGUUGAAGCAGAGUCAAUGCAUUUAGUGUUGAACUAUGCAUAUACCUCCAGAGUAAUGCUGACAGAGGCCAACGUUCAAGCUUUGUUCACUGCAGCUAGUAUCUUCCAGAUCCCUUCCAUACAAGACCAGUGUGCUAAAUACAUGAUCAGUCACUUGGACCCACAGAACUCCAUUGGGGUGUUUAUCUUUGCUGAUCACUAUGGUCAUCAGGAACUCAAAGACAGAUCACAAGACUACAUUCGUAAAAAGUUUCUGAGUGUCACCAAAGAGCAAGAGUUUCUUCAGUUGAGAAAAGACCAGCUCAUAAGUAUACUCGACAGUGAUGACUUAAAUGUAGACAAAGAAGAACAUGUUUAUGACAGCAUUAUAAGGUGGUUUGAGCAUGAACAAAAUAAGAGAGAAGUGCACCUUCCAGAAAUAUUUGCCAAAUGCAUCCGUAUGCCUCUAUUGGAAGAGACAUUUUUAGAGAAAAUCCCUCCCAUGUUUGCACAGGCUAUGGCCAAAAGCUGUGUACAAAAGGGACAACAUAGUGCCAAUGGCUAUACACAACGGCUUGGAAUGACUGCUUCUGAAAUGAUCAUAUGCUUUGAUGCUGCCCACAAACACUCAGGAAAGAAGCAAACAGUGCCUUGUUUAGAUUCGGUCACAGGGAGAGUGUUUAAACUAUGCAAGCCACCAAAUGACUUGAGGGAGGUUGGAAUUCUUGUAUCUCCUGAUAAUGAUAUUUAUAUUGCGGGUGGUUACAGACCAAGCAGCAGUGAGGUCUCCAUUGAUCACAGAGCAGAGAGUGAUUUCUGGAUGUACGAUCACUCUGGCAAUAGGUGGAUUCCAAAAGCUCCUUUGUUGCGAGCCAGAAUAGGCUGCAAAUUGGUUCAUUGCUGUGGUAAACUGUAUGCAAUAGGUGGUCGUGUUUAUGAAGGAGAUGGGCGAAACUCUCUCAAGUCUGUGGAGUGUUAUGACAGCAGAGAGAACUGUUGGACGGCUGUCUGUCCAAUGCCGGUAGCAAUGGAGUUUCAUAGUGCUGUGGAAUAUAAGGAUAACAUCUAUGUUUUACAGGGGGAAUUUUUUCUCUGCUAUGAUCCUCAGAAGGAUUAUUGGGGGUUUUUGACUCCAAUGACUGUGCCUAGAAUCCAAGGCUUGGCAACUGUGUACAAUGACUCCAUCUACUACAUAGCUGGAACCUGUGGAAACCAUCAACGUAUGUUUACCGUAGAGGCCUAUGACAUUGAACAAAAUAAGUGGACUCGAAAGAAAGACUUCCCGUGUGAUCAAUCCAUUAAUCCAUACAUAAAACUUGUACUCCUCAAAAACAAACUCCACCUGUUUGUCAGAGCUACUCAAGUCACUGUUGAAGAGCACGUUUUCAGAACCAGCAGGAAGAAUUCUCUCUAUCAGUAUGAUGAGGUCACUGACCAAUGGCAAAAAGUAUAUGAGACUCCAGAUAGGCUCUGGGAUUUAGGCCGGCAUUUUGAAUGUGUAGUUGCUAAGUUGUAUCCACAGUGUCUUCAGAAAGUUAUUUAAUUUUCUUUUUUCAGUAACAGGCCUUAGUGAUUUCAGUGGUGAUCCGAUGCUAGAGAAAACGUCUUAAAACAAAGAAAUUGUCAGUAUUUAUUGUAAGCUGAAACAGACAGGUUUGUUUUCUUUUUUGUGUGUGGGGAUGGGUGCUCUUUAAAGGUUGCAGUCUGUGAAGGGUAUUACUGGUUCAGUUUCAUAUUUACUGAUAUUUUCCUGGGAAAUGAGAAGGAGGUUACGAAGUGCAAUUAUCAGCAUUUUUUUUUCUGGUAAACACUUAAUCAUGUCAUACUCAAAGAUGUAUUUGUGGUAAGAGCAAGUUAAGUGGAAGAGUCAGGAUAACUAUGCACUACAGUGAAAGAAAUCUAGCAUUAAUAGCUGAGGAUGUUCAAGCUGUUUUGGAGUGACUUUUCAUUUUUUUCUUUUUUUUUUAAAUACGGGUAAAAUUUGAGGCAAUAUCACUAAGUUGUUUGGUUUUUUUGGCUUUUUUUUUUCAUUUGAAAUUAAAAUUGCAUAGAGGAAUGAUAGAUCCUGAUUCAUAAUGAUCUUUUUUUUUUUUUUGUACUGUUUUUGAAGUCUGCAAAGAUGUUUUGUGUUGUUGUUUGUGCACUACAGUUUGGGAGGACAAACUCAAGUCAGAAUUGGAACAUGGAGUACCUUUGCCUGGAAGGAGGCCUGUUCAGAUUGCUGUGCCACUUCUUGUCCAUGGAUUUUUGUUGAAAUUUGAGCUUAAAAGAUAUGGAAAACAAAUCCCAACACCUAUUUACUGCCGUUUAGGUGUAGUGCUGUAAAAAAUAUUUAUAACACUGCUUUAAAACUUUUUUUCAUCCCAUAAAGGGCUUUAAUCCAAAAGUUGAUGGUGCUAGUACAUUUUUAAUACUUGUUUGUCUGAAAUGGGCUAAUGUUACGCUGCUGUUUAAGACAGCCUGUUAGUUUUCAUUGAGUGUCUGUUUCCAGGCCCUGUUCUGUCAUUAUAUUGUCUUUUCUAACAUAACAUUUUUACUGUAGUGAUAUUCUUGCACAGGAUGGUGACAGGAUAUGGCCUUAAUAUUGACUUUUUUUUUUUUUGUGGAGUGUUCAUUUUGUCUCCACUAAAGUACAGUGCUGUGUGCAGUGUUAGCAUGUGCUCCAGUAACUUUAAAAUGUGUGGCUUAACUUGACAAGUUAUAUUUUUUCUCCCUGUGAUUGAGCCCUCAAAUACUUUGUUUCAUUCUGAUCUAUAAUGUGAAAAUUUUGCACUACUGAGCUGUCUUCGUUAUUCAGCGUAUUAAAGCAAAAUUGAUAACAA